AUGUCUUGGGUUGUGCGCGGCAGUGCCGGCCAAGUCCAGCCACUCAACAAGGCCGCCGACCAGACGGCGCUCCACCUAGCCGUCGAAUGCUUGGUGGAGGAGCAGAGCGAGGACACGGCCCUCGUCCGGCUGCUGAUCGAGCACGGCGCCGACGUCGGAGCGCUCGACAGCCGGAGGCGCACCCCGCUCGAGAGGGCCAUCUCUGGAGGCUUGCACGCGGUGGUGGAGCUGCUCGCAGAGGCGGCGGCAGCCACGGCUGGACUCCGCCCUGUCUCGCAGCGCGGUCCGGCGCGGCAGACGUGA